CCUGCCCGGGCAGCCUCUCCCUAGCGACAGCAGGCUCGCAGAGCUAAAGCAAAACAGCAAUGGAGGACGAGGAAGAAGAGAAAGGCUGAGGCGGCAGCGGCAGGAGCCUCAAGAUGGGGAUGGACGGAGGAAGCGCUGACUCCAAUGGCGGCAGCGGCGGCGGGGACGAAGCUGUGCGGACGUCAACGCCUGCGCGGGGCAGGCCGGGAAACCAUCCGGCCCCGGCCGGGAAGGAGGUGGGGGGGGCAGGGGGGAGCGGUAAGGAAAGGAGGAUGGGAGAGAACCGACUGGCGGCCCGCUACGUGCCGCGCGCUUGCGCGCUGAAGCCUCGACGGGACUUCAACUCACUACUUGGGAUUUUCCUCCAGCUUGGCUUGGGAGGAGGUGGAGGGACGGAAACCAGGAAGUCACAUGGGGGGGGGGCGGUAUUUGAGGCUGUUGCUACCGGGGUGAGGUGAGUUGCAGGUACUGGACUCCUAUGCCCGCUGUGUGUCUACGGUCUAGAAACCACCGAACUCAAGCCCUCCUCCUUUCUGAAGAUUCUUCUGAUUCUAUUCAUGAUAUCUUGAGAAGUUGGUUCUGCAAGGUCUCCUAAACCCACUGGAUCAUUUAGCAAAAUGAGGGGACUGAGACCCAGAGAAAGUGACUUGAUCAAGCUCAUCCAGCUAGUUUAUGAUGCGCCCACAACUAAGACCCAGAUCUCCCGCGUUCCAGUCUACUGUUCAUUCAGUUGUACUUGGUGGUGGUGUUCUUUUUAUUGAAGAGGACCAAAGACAUCAUGGAUGAUGGCAAAUUAGACUUAAGUGAGGCAGAAUUGCACAAAGUGCUCAACCUCACUCCCUCAUCUAGUCAUCGAAGUCCAGUGGCAAAACAAAAGUCAAGUUGCCCAGGAUGCAGUAGGUGACUGAUAGCUUCAGUGUCCGAAGCUCUAAGCACCCCACAGCACCUUCUUCUGCAGCCUUCAUAAAAGCUGUUGGAACAAAUUGUUCUUAUCCGCCCAUUCUAAUAGGAAAUCUUCAUGUUUGAAGGUUUGAAGCCUGUUGGUUACCCUCAUCCUGGUUUAGCUCAUCUGCCUAGAGGGUUUCACGGGAGCAUGGCCUCAGAACAUGCUAAGGCCACCUAGAGCCACAGCAAUCCUCCCCGGCACUUUGGUGCUGAGAUAUCUACCUCUUUUGGAGCUGCUGUCAUACCAGGGAAGGCUCUGGCUGUGAGCCCUAUGACCUCUGGGAGUGACCACUGUCAGAGCAUGUGAAGUGAAAUCCCUGACCCAGUGCUUUCCAGAAGGCUAAGCCAGCAGAUUUGGAAUAGGUCAGAGCAGGCUUCCUCCCCUUUCCCUUCCCCCACACUGGCCCAAGGCCGGCAUCCAGACAGGCAUGAUAGAAAUGCCAGUUUUCAUUCCGAGUUUUUUGGAAGGGAAGCCAACACAGCUCUGGGGGAGACAGGGAAACCCAAGUGUGCAAGUGGUUGAGCCCAGAAUGGGCAGCGAGGCAAGCCGAAGAAAGACAUUCCAAGACUGGCCUCCUGAGGGCCCUGUCUCUCCCCAGGACCUGGCCAGAGCUGGCUUCUUCUAUGUAGGCCCUCAGGACAGGGUUCAAUGUUUCUGCUGUGGUGGGAUGAGGACAACUGGAAUGGCUGGAGAUAGCCCCAUCCUAGAACACCAGAGGCUUUUCCCCAAGUGCCAGUUUGCUCUCAGCAAGCAGACUGGCCAUGUCCAUAACCAGGACACUUCUGACAGUGUGGACGGGCAAAUCUUGAGUCAGCUGCAAAGAAUAUCGGAGGAAGAAGAAGGGGAAGGGAAUGAGUCUACACUGACUGCCAGGCCCGCCUAUCCAGAUAUGGGUGUAGAACAGAUCCGACUGGCCUCAUUUACAACUGGGCCAUCAGCUGCAAUGGUGUGUCCUCAACAACUGGCCAGAGCUGGCUUCUUCUACACAGGCCAGCAUGACCAUGUGAAGUGUUACUACUGUGAUGGGGGCCUGAGGAACUGGGAUCGAGGGGAUGACCCUUGGAGAGAACACGCCAAGUGGUUCCCUAGAUGUGAAUUUCUGCUUCAAUCCAGAGGCAGGGCCUAUGUCAACAGCAUCCAAGUUGCCAGCCUGUUAGACUCCUGGGGCCAUGGAGAAGAUUCAGGAGAGGAAGAUUCCACUUCUUCUACCCCAGGUAGCCCAGGAAGCCGGGCUUGGCUAGCUUGGCCAGCUUGGCGACAAUCCACAGUGGUAAAAAGUGUGCUGCAGAUGGGGUUUGAGCAGAGCAUGGUGGAGAGGUUGGUUCUGAGUAAAUACAGGCUGGCAACACCAGCCAGCACAUCAGUGUCUCAGCUGGUCUCUGAUCUAAUCCAAGAGGAAGAGAGGAAUGCAACAGAGACCAGAGCACCUGCUCCGAUGGCACCUGAGCCAACUGCACAGAGAGAAGGCCAACCUGAACAGAUCACAGAGACAGGAUCUCUGAGCACAGAACAGCAGUUGCAGCAGCUAAAGGAGGAGCGGACGUGCAAAGUGUGCAUGUAUCAAGUGGUGUCCAUCGUCUUUGUUCCCUGUGGCCACCUGGUCUGUUCAGAGUGUGCCCCAAACUUGCAGCAGUGCCCCAUAUGCCGAGCCGUGAUCCACGGGAGCGUCAGGACUUUCCUGUCCUAACCAAGCUCUGGCAGUCUAAGCCUUGCUGGGGAACUGCUGAGUUCGGGAAACCAAUACUGAUUUUGGAGCCCUGAAGACAUCGGGGUAAUGAUGGGACUGGUGACCCUGUCUUCUGAGCCUCUUACCCAGAUGAAGGAGCAAGUGAAGUCCCAGUUUCUGACCUCAGCAUAGGAGCCAGAGCUGCAACUUCAAGCAAGGUUAAGCUUAGCUGGGAAGUAAUUAGGAUCAAAGGAUCGGGAAAUAGCCUGUAUCUAAAACUGUACAUGCAAU